AUGGAUAAUAAUCGGACAGCAAAACAUGAAACAGAAAAUUUUCUUACCGUUCGAUUACUUAUGCAAGGAAAGGAAGUCGGAAGUAUUAUUGGAAAGCGUGGAGACAACAUCAAAGCCAUUCGAGAAGAGAGUGGUGCACGAAUUAAUAUAAGCGAUGGAACAACUCCUGAACGUAUUGUGACAAUGGUUGGAACAAUUGAAACAUUAACAAAAGCAUUUCGAAUGAUUUGUCAAAAAUUUGAGGAUGAUUUGAAACAGACGUGUGCUACAAUUCCACCAAUAACGUUGAGACUUGUUGUACCAGCUAGUCAAUGUGGAUCAAUUAUUGGAAAAGGAGGAGCUAAAAUAAAAGAAAUCAGAGAGUCAACUGGAGCGUCUGUUCAAGUAGCCAGUGAAAUGCUUCCUUCAUCAACUGAACGAGCUGUCACCAUAUCGGGCAGAUUGGAAUCGAUUGAAAAUUGUUUUCGACAGAUAUGUCAAAUUAUGCUUGAGUCUCCGCCAAAAGGCGAAACAAUUCCAUACCGUCCAAAAAUGAUUUUAUCAACUGUACAUGCCCCAAUUAUAUUUGCCAAUGGACAAGCCUAUCAAGUACAAGGACAAUUUGCUAUACCAUUACCACCAAAUGAAUUAAACGCAUUCGGUCAUCUUGGAGCUACAAUUGGCCCUGGUGUACCUGUACCAACAGUAGGUCCAUUAAUGCCAAAUGGUUUACAAACAAAUCGUUCAAAUAUGCAAACUCAACGAGAAAUAACAAUUGCUAAUGAUUUAAUUGGAUGUAUUAUUGGACGGGGUGGACAAAAAAUAAGUGAAAUAAGACAAGCAUCUGGAGCUAAUAUCAAAAUAGCCGAUUUAGAAGAAGGUAGUCAAGACAGACAUGUGACAAUAUCAGGAACACCUGAACAAAUUCAAUUGGCAGAAUUUUUAAUACAUUCAAGAAUUGCAUCUGAAAUUGGUGGUAUAUUAAUAACUCAUUAA